UUGACUGAUGCAGAUCCCGGGAACAAACCUGGCUGUGCUCCACGAUGCAACGGGAUCCCAGAGCGCCGGACUCUUCUGCGGGUGUCUGAGUCCCAUGGACUGCAGCUCCUGAGCCUGCUCAGAUCUCUCAGGGAGCGAGGCCUGCUGUUUGACUUCACCAUUAAAGUCCAGGAACAGAGUUUCCCUUGCCAUCGCUGUGUUCUCGCAGCAUGUAGUGAUUUCUUCAGGGCCAUGUUUGAGGUGGACAUGCGUGAGCGUGAUGAUGGCUCAGUUACACUGGGGAACCAGUGUCCAGUGGCAGUCAGCGCUUUCCUGGACUUUGCCUACUCAGGAGAGGCGCUCAUCAGCGAUGGCAAUGUGGACAUGUUGUUUCAGCUCUCAUCCUUUCUACAGGUGCCUGUGUUGUCCAAAGCGUGCAGCGACUUCUUGAUCGGAACCAUGGAUCUUUGUAACUGUCUGUCCCUUCUCUCCCUGGCGGAGGCGUACGGCUCAACCUCUCUCCUUCAGAGUGCCAAUGAAUUUGUAGUUGAGAACUUUUCUGACCUUUCACAAACCGAGGACUUCAUGGAAAUGCAGUUGAACGUCUUGGAGCCUUGUCUGAGGUCAGAUGCCCUCAAGGUGCCCAGCGAGGAGGCCGUCGUGGUGUCACUUCUCAGAUGGAUUUGCUUCAAUCUCCCCGAAAGACAAAAACUUUUGCCAGGAUUGUUGUCUUUAACCCGACUUCACCAUCUGCCCGCAGCUACACUAACGAACCUUCGUGAUUCGGAAGCCCUCCUCUGUGAUGACGAGUCCUGCGUAGCGCUGAUCUCAGAAGCACAGAGCAGACAGACUCAGUACGACGGACUGCUGAACGACCCCCGGCCCGCCACCACACAGAGCUACAUCUACAUCCACAAGACGGAGGAGAAUGGAGAGAUCCGCCACACCUUCUGCUACUGUCUGGAUACCGACCGAUGGAAGGAACUGGGAACGACACAGAGAGAGGAGAUGGCCACCAUGCCAGACCCUCCAGGGUCUUUUCUCACCGGCUAUGCAGAGAAGAUGUUUGUCACAGGAGGCUGUCGUGGGAACUGCUGUCGGGCAAUACGUCUCCAUGUGGCUGAACCAUUCCAUGAGGCCACGGAUGAAGUCUGGUGCUUCUGUCCCGUGACCUUAACCUGCACACCAGCUCCGGCCAUGCUGAAGCCCAGAACCAUGCACACAGCUGUGACCUGCCUGGACAGAGUGUAUGUCAUCGGGGGACGCACCGCCGGCUCCAGAGGGGGAUCUCCCAGUCUGCUGGAGGUGGAGUAUUAUAACCCUCUGACCCAGACCUGGUGCUCUGUCAGCUCACUUCCCACUGCCAUCUUCUACCCUGAGGCCAGUGUCUGUGGCAGCGUCAUCUACACUCUGGGCUCAGAGGUGGAGAUCACAGAUUCCUUUAACCCGUCGCUGGACUGCUUCUUUCAAUAUGACGCCCAGCUGGAUCAGUGGAGCCGCCUGGUCGCUGAGUUUGGCCAGUUCUUCCACGCCACUCUUGUCAAGGCGGUGUCAAUUAAUUGUACGCUGCACCUCUGUGAUCUUUCCACGUAUAAGGUCUACAGUUUUUGUCCAGAGACCUGUGUAUGGAAGGGUGAAGGCUCAUUUGAAUGUGCUGGGUUCAAUGCCGGUGCAGUGGGUACGGGGAAUCGGAUCUACAUACUGGGUGGAGACUAUUCACCCGACGAGAUCACUGAUGAAGUUCAGGUGUACUACAGUGGGAGGAGUCAGUGGGAGGAAGUUGCCCCCAUGCCCAGGGCGCUCACCGAGUUUCACUGUCAGCUCAUCAGCUUCAACAGAUACAGAGACCCGUGGCGUGACGCGACGUGAUGCACAGCACACACACCUGCACGCUUGCAUGUACACAGUGACAUGUGAGCGUAUUUAAAACUUGCGUGCAUGAGUUUCUCCCAGCGUUCCAGCCCUUGCACGUGAUGCAGAAACAUUCCUGUGUCGUGAAUGC